UUAAACCACAGAAGAAGCCAGAGGAAGUUUGAGCCGGCAUCACUUUUAGGCAGGCCGCGUGACAUCUGCGUGAAAGGCAGAAGGUAACACGUACCGUUGGUUCGUUGUCAACAUCCAGAAACACAAUCAAAGCAGCGCCAUGCCCAGGAAAUCUAAAGAAGAGGCGGAGUGGGUGGACGAAGACGCCGGGCCGGCGGAAGAAAAAGUCCCCAAGAAAAAAAAGGACAAAAGUGGAAAGAAGAGCUUCUUUGAGGAACUCUCCACAGACAGCAAACCUGAAAAGGCUGAUGAAGCAGCUGUGAAAGAACCUCAAGGAAAGCAGCCUCAGAAGAAAAAGAAAGACAGACGGAAAGGAAAAGGCGGCGAUGUGGAUGAGAAGGAUGAUGAGAACAUCAGGCUGACUCUGGAGAAGCUUUCAGUUCAAGCAAGUGAAGAGGAAGAUGAACCAGUAAUCGCCCCCAGCAGAGGAAACAAGAAAAAGGGAGGAAACAUUUUUGCUGCUCUUGGUCAAAGUCAGAGCGAUGAAGAAGAUGAGGUGGACUCUGAUGCAGCAGAGGAACUUGCAAAACAGGAGUUGGAGAAAAACAAGAACAAAAGCAAGUCCAAGAAGGUUAAGGCAGAAUCUUCGGAGGAAAAGCAGGCUGACAAGGAUGAGAAAACAUCUAAGAGGUCCGGAAAGAGCGAUGUCCAAUCCAAGGAAAGAAAAUCUCCUAGUGUGGAGGAGGAUGAUGAUGAAGAGGAAGGUGUAAUGAAGUGUGCGGAGGAUGCCAUUGCGGAGCAGGCCAAGCAGACACUGGACGACCCUUACGCCAACCUGAGCAAAAAAGAGAAGAAGAAGAAGAAAAAAGAGGAUAUGUUCAAGAGAGAACUGGAUUCCUUGAAGGCUCAGAGCGCUUUGGAAGGAGAUUUCUCUGUGUCUCAGGCAGAGAUGUCUUCCAGACAGGCCAUGCUGGAAAACGCCUCUGACAUUAAGCUUGAAAGGUUCAGCAUCUCUGCUCACGGCAAAGAACUCUUCGUCAACGCCGACCUUCUCAUUGUGGCAGGAAGACGCUACGGUUUGGUUGGACCAAAUGGCAAAGGAAAGACAACAUUACUGAAGCACAUCGCCAAUAGGGCUCUGAGUAUCCCCCCCAACAUCGACGUGCUGCUGUGUGAGCAGGAGGUGGUGGCUGACGACACUCCGGCCGUUCAGGCUGUCCUGAAAGCCGACACCCGUCGCCUGAAGCUCCUGGAGGAGGAGAAGCAGCUGCAGGCCAACCUGGAGAAAGGAGAGGACAGUGUGGCAGAGAGGCUGGAAAAGGUCUAUGAGGAGCUGAGGGUCAUUGGUGCUGCAGCCGCUGAAGCCAAGGCCAGGAGGAUCUUGGCUGGUUUGUCAUUCACGCCUGAGAUGCAGAACAGAGCCACCAAGAGGUUCUCGGGAGGCUGGAGGAUGAGAGUUUCACUUGCCAGAGCCCUGUUCAUGGAGCCCACUCUUCUGAUGCUAGACGAGCCCACCAAUCACUUAGACUUGAAUGCUGUCAUCUGGCUAAACAACUACCUUCAAGGCUGGAAAAAGACGCUUCUCAUCGUGUCCCAUGACCAAAGCUUUCUGGAUGAGGUGUGCACGGACAUCAUCCACCUGGACAACCAGAAGCUUUACUACUACAGAGGGAACUACUUGACUUUCAAGAAGAUGUACGUCCAGAAGCAGAAAGAGCUGCAGAAGCAGUACGAUAAACAGGAGAAGAAGCUCAAGGACCUGAAAGCAGGAGGCAAGUCUACCAAGCAGGCGGAAAAACAAACGAAGGAGGUGCUGACCAGGAAGCAGCAGAAGGGCAAGAAGAAGGGAGGCCAGGACGAGGAGAGCCACGAGGCCACAGAGUUACUGAAGAGGCCCAAAGAGUACACCGUGAAGUUCACCUUCCCCAAUCCACCUCCGCUUUCACCGCCCAUCCUGGGCCUGCACAGUGUUGACUUUUGUUACGACAGUCAGAAACCGCUCUUCAAAAACGUGGACUUUGGCAUCGAUAUGGACUCUAGGAUUUGUAUCGUCGGACCCAACGGUGUGGGGAAGAGUACACUGUUGCUGCUGCUGACUGGAAAACUAACUCCUACUAAAGGAGAAAUGAGGAAGAAUCAUCGCCUAAAAGUGGGCUUCUUCAACCAGCAGUAUGCUGACCAGCUCAACAUGGAGGAGACGGCCACAGAGUACCUGAUGAGAAACUUCAACCUGCCCUACCAGGACGGCAGGAAAUGCCUUGGCCGCUUCGGCCUGGAGAGCCACGCCCACACCAUUCAGAUCUCCAAACUAUCAGGAGGUCAGAAGGCUCGGGUAGUGUUUGCAGAGCUGGCCUGUCGACAGCCCGACGUGCUGAUCUUGGAUGAACCCACCAACAAUCUGGACAUAGAGUCCAUAGACGCCCUCUCGGAGGCCAUCAAUGAAUACAAAGGAGCCGUCAUCAUCGUGAGCCACGACGCCCGACUCAUCACAGAGACGCAGUGCACGCUGUGGGUAGUGGAGGAUCGCUCAAUCAUCCAGAUCGAUGGAGACUUUGACGACUAUAAGAGGGAGGUGCUGGAGGCUCUGGGGGAGACCAUGGUCAACAAGGUGAACCCCUGAGUAAAAAGCCACUCCUCUGGACUGCUGUCUGUAAUGACUAUAUGACAAGAACAGGACACGCUACAGCUCAACAAAUAAACGCUUUGACCACAA